GUGGGAGGCGAUUCCUGCGCUGCUGAAUGUCCGCACUUUUGCCGGGCCAGUCCCUCCCAACGAGAAACCGACAGGUGAGCCCGGAACAGCUGGACAAAGGCCGAGUUUCUAGGGCAGGAGGAUUCUGGAGCUGCUAGGCACGCCAGAUCUUCCAUGGCCCCUUCCCUCUUGUAACCCAGCACAUCUUCAGAGUUGUCUGCAUUUAUCCAAGACAGCGGAAAAUGAACAAGUCCCAGAUUGAACAGGAAUUCCAGGGAUCAGUGUCGUUUAAGGAUGUGACUGUGGGCUUCACCGAGGAAGAGUGGCAGCACCUGGAUUCAGCUCAGAGGUCCCUGUAUAGAGAUGUGAUGCUGGAGAACUACAGUAACCUUGUCUCACUGGGGUAUUGUGUUACCAAACCAGAAGUGAUCUUCAGGCUAGAGCGAGGAGAGGAGCCAUGGAUACUGGAGGAAGAAUUCCCAAGCCAGAGCUUCCCUGAUAUCUGGAAAACUGAUCACAAGAAAGAAAGAAGCCACAAAAACCAGCCUAAACAUGUGUGGGAAGUUGCAUUCAUCAAUAAUAAAACACUAACUAAAGAACAAGGUAAUGUAGUAGAAAAACCACUUAACUUGGACACAAAGUCUUUUCCUUCCAGAAGAACUCUCUGUCAGUGGAACUCAUGUGGAGUGAAUUUCAGCUGUAUUUCAGAAUUGUUUAUCGAUAAGAAAAACUAUUUAGGAAAAAAGACUGAUGAAUUUAAUGCUUGUGGAAAAUUGCUACUCAGUAUUAAACAUGAGAAAACUCAUACUAGAGAGAAAAGUGAAUUUUUUAAAAAUGGGAAAACGUUGAGUCAUGAUGAGGACUCUAUUCAUCCUGAGAAGAUUCAAAUGUUAGAGCAAAAUUUUGAUUAUAAUAUUUAUCAAGAAACCGUCCUUGAAAAGGCAAUAUUUAGUACAUACAAGAGAGAGAUUGCAGAAGGUAAUGAUUGUGAAUGUAAUGAAUAUGGGAGAACCUUCUUUGAUAACUCCUUCUUAAUCCAUCGGAUAAAUCCCUCAGAGGAAAAUCACUGUGGAUUUAGUGGUUGUGGAAAAUCCUUAUGUGUAAAGUCUACCCUUUUGAAACAUCAUGGGGCACAUAUGAAACACUAUGAAUGUAAUCAAAGUGGGAAUAAUUUCAGGAGGAAUUUAUGCCUUUCACAACUUCAGAAACCUCAUAAAGGAGAAAAACACUUUGAAUGUAAUGAAUGUGGGAAAGCGUUUUGGGAGAAAUCCCACCUCACUCGACAUCAGAGGAUACACACGGGAGAGAAACGCUUUCAGUGUAAUGAAUGUGGAAAAACUUUUUGGGAGAAGUCAAACCUCACUAAACAUCAGAGGUCACACACAGGAGAGAAACCCUAUGUGUGCAGUGAAUGCGGGAAAGCCUUCAGCCACAAGUCAGCCCUCACGUUACACCAGAGAACACAUACAGGUGAGAAACCCUAUCAGUGUAAUGCAUGUGGGAAAACUUUUUAUCAGAAGUCAGACCUCACUAAACACCAGAGAACACACACAGGACUGAAACCUUAUGAAUGCUAUGAAUGCGGGAAAUCCUUCUGUAUGAAUUCACACCUUACAGUGCAUCAGAGAACUCAUACAGGUGAAAAACCCUUUGAAUGUCCUGACUGUGGGAAAUCUUUCUGCCAGAAGUCACAUCUUACACAACAUCAGAGAACUCACAUAGGGGAUAAACCCUACGAAUGUAAUGCAUGUGGGAAAACAUUCUACCACAAGUCAGUUCUCACCCGGCAUCAGAUAAUUCAUACAGGGUUGAAACCUUAUGAAUGUUUUGAAUGUGGGAAAACCUUCUGCUUGAAGUCUGAUCUCAUAGUACAUCAGAGAACUCACACAGGGGAGAAGCCUUUUGCAUGUCCUGAAUGUGGGAAAUUCUUCAGCCAUAAGUCUACUCUCUCUCAACAUUAUAGGACACAUACAGGGGAGAAACCCUUUGAAUGUCAUGAGUGUGGGAAAAUCUUCUAUAAUAAAUCAUACCUAACUAAACAUAAUAGAACACACACAGGGGAGAAACCCUAUGAAUGUAAUGAAUGUGGGAAAACCUUCUGUCAGAAGUCUCAGCUCACACAGCACCAGAGAAUUCACAUAGGUGAGAAACCUUAUGAGUGUAAUGAAUGUGGAAAGGCUUUCUGUCAUAAGUCCGCCUUAAUUGUCCACCUGAGAACUCAUACAGAAGAAAAGCCCUAUAAAUGUAAUGAAUGUGGGAAAUCUUUCUGUGUGAAGUCAGGACUUAUUUUACAUCACAGAAAACACACAGGGGAGAAACCCUAUGAAUGUAACGAAUGUGGGAAAUCCUUCAGUCACAAAUCAUCCCUCACAGUACAUCACAGGGCUCACACAGGAGAGAAAUCUUGUCAGUGUAAUGAAUGUGGGAAAAUUUUUUACCGCAAGUCAGACCUUGCUAAACAUCAGAGAUCACACACAGGGGAGAAGCCCUAUGAAUGUAACACAUGUGGAAAAACCUUCUCUCAGAAGUCAAACCUCAUUGUACAUCAGAGAACACACACAGGAGAAAAAUUAACAAUUGAAGUGGAUGUUAGGAGUGUCAAGCUGCACUUCAGCAGCCAUUAUACAAGAAUUCACAUUGGCAGAAGCUCUGUUGACAUCCUGAAUGUUCGGGAACCUUCUUCCACACAAACUGGCCUUAUUUUACUCCAAAGUAGACUGCAACAAAUGCAGGACAGUCUUGUUAAAAUCAAGCAGUUCUACCGAACAUCCCCCAAGUCUGAAGGUCGUAUUCCAGCGCGGUGGCACAGGUAUUUGGGAAACUUGAUGGGCACCCUGCGGCUGGACACGGGAGUCGCUCCUGGCCUUCUGCGCAUGUGCGCUGCGCCGCUCCCGUCUAGUUCGCGUAGGCGGCCGCGGCCUCGCGAGAAAACCGUCCCUGAUGCUUCCGCGGUGAGAGCACGGCCUCAGGUGGUGAGUGAGCAGCCAGUGAGCCCCGGGGGCUUGGGCGUAGGUGACCCUUUAAAUGGGAGGUUCCCCGCGGAGAGGCGAUUGACGGAGGAAGAGGCUUUGGUACUUGAGCUCGGGGUGAGUCCUCCUCCGUCUUCAUGCAUCGAAUGCGAACCAGCACGUCCCAGCGCUUGUUACCGAGCGAAGCUUGGUGUUUUCAUCUCCGACGUGAGGGCUCGGCAGAGGCCUCGCUGUACCCUCAUGGUUAUCCACACCCUUCAGGGCCAGCAGAAGAUGAUCACAUCCCAGGGAUCAUUGUCAUUCAGGGAUGUGACCGUGGGCUUCACUCAGGAGGAGUGGCAGCACCUGGACCCUGCUCAGAGGACCCUGUACAGGGAAGUCAUGCUGGAGAACUAUAGCCACCUUGUCUCAGUGGGGUAUUCCAUCCCUAAACCAGAAGUGAUCCUCAAGUUGGAGCAAGGACAGGAGCCGUGGAUAUUAGAGGAAGAGUUCCUGAGCCAGAACGACCCAGAAUUAAUUAAUAACAGUAGAAACUAUUCAAGAAAGAAGUUCAGUGGGUUUAACAAAGGUAGAAAUUGGCUCCAUAUUGGUAACUAUGAAAGAAUUCAUUCUGAAGAGAUACCUUAUGAAUAUAAUAAAAAUGGGAAUGGCCUCCACCUUAAUGAAGACUUUGUUCACCAUCAGAAAAUUCAAAUUUUGGAACAGCCUUUUGAAUAUAGUGAAUGUAGGAAAGCUUUCCAUGAGAAUGCACUCUUUGUUGUACAUAAGAAAGCUUUCACAGGAAAGAAUACCUGUGAGUACACUGAAUAUGGGAAGAUCUUCAGUGAUAUGUCAUCUCUCAUUGCUUGUCAGAGAACACAUCCAAGAGAGAAUCACUAUGAAUUCAAUGAAUGUGGAGAAAAUUUCUUUGAGGAAUCCAUUCUCUAUAACCAUCAGAGUGUUCAGCCUUUCAGCCAGAAGUCAAACCUCAUUCCAAUUCAGAGAACCCACUCCAUUGACAAUUUACUUGAAUAUAAUGAAUGUGGAACGUUUUUCAGUGAAAAGUUAGUCUUUGGUGUACAGCAGAGAACACACACAGGAGAAAAAACUUAUGAAUGUCAUGAAUGUGGAAAAACCUUCAACCAGAAGUCAGCCCACACAAGACAUCAGAGAACGCACACAGGGGAAAAAUCUUGUGAAUGUCCUGAAUGUGGGAAAACUUUCUACAAGAAUUCAGACCUUAUUAAACACCAGAGAAUUCACACAGGGGAGAAACCUUUUGAAUGUCAGGAAUGUGGGAAAUCCUUCAGUGAAAAGUCUACUCUUACUCAACAUCGGAGAACACACACAGGGGAGAAACCAUAUGAAUGUCAUGAAUGUGGGAAAGCCUUCUCAUUUAAGUCUGUCCUUACUGUACAUCAAAAAACACACACGGGGGAGAAGCCCUAUGAGUGUUAUGAAUGUAGGAAGGCCUUUCUCAGAAAAUCAGACCUCAUUAAACAUCAAAGAACUCACACAGGGGAAAAACCUUACGAAUGUAAUGAAUGUGGAAAAUCCUUCUCUGAGAAGUCAACUCUCACCAAGCAUCUAAGAACUCACACAGGUGAGAAACCCUAUGAAUGUAUUGAAUGUGGAAAAUUUUUUUGCUACUACUCGGGUUUCACAGAACAUCAGAGAAGACACACAGGGGAGAAACCUUUUGGGUGUACUGAAUGUGGGAAAAAUUUCCGUCAGAAGUCAGCCCUAAUUGUCCACCAGAGGACUCACAUAAGACAGAAACCUUAUGAAUGUAAUGAAUGUGGAAAAUCAUUCUGUGUAAAGUCAAAACUCAUUGCACAUCAUAGAACACAUACGGGGGAAAAACCCUAUCAAUGCAAUGUUUGUAGAAAAUCAUUCUAUGUGAAGUCUAAACUUACUGUACAUCAACGAACACAUUUGGGGAGAAACCCUAUAAAUGUAAUAAAUGAGGGAAGUCACUCUGGGUGAAGUUAAGAGUUUAUAGAAAAAACACAAAAGGGGAGAAAAAUCAAUUGAUAUAAUCAUUUUUGAGAACAUCUUUGGUCUAAAGUCAGUUCUAACAAUAUAGCAGAGAACUUACAGAGGGGAGAGAAUGAAUGAUAUGAAGCUAUAGAAUAUAGAAAACUUUUGUGUUGGAAUUUGAACCAUAGAGUAUAUCAGAAAACUCAGUGGAGAAGACCUAUUGGUGAAUGAAUAUAGGGAACCUUUUGCCCAAAGCCACAUCUCACUAAACAUCAAAGAAAACAUCUAAGUUAGAAACCUCUAUCAGCAUUCAUAAGGUAGAGAAGAUUUUACUUCACAGGCUUUAGAAAAUGCACAAAUUGUAGGACACUUUAGGGAAGCAUUUUCUAUGCGGUGAUAUUUUAUUAGGCUUGUGUGAUAUUCUUGAUGUAGCAUCUGGUGGAUGUUGGAAGUUACUAGAGAAAAUGUAUUAAUUAUGUGGAAGCUUUAAGUUAAAAUCUACUCUUAUACAUCAGAUUUUGAAUUGAAGGGUUUCUAGCAAUUUAGGAAGUGAGAACAUUUUCAUUUAGAAAUAGCAUUUUAUUUUUGUUAAGAUACACUUUGACCCAUUGCCAGGUCUGUUCCCUUGUUUAAGGUAUUAGAUGUGACACUGGGUGUGGUGCAUAACAGUGAAUUCUGGUACACUGAAAAGAAAUUAAAAAACAAAACAAAAAAAAAACGUAUUAGAUAUGAAAACACACCACACUGGGACCAGCAGUUGUAAGCACAUAAGAGGUUUACUGCUCAGGCAUAUGCAGGAUGAGAGAAGAUUUUUAGCAAGAGGAUUCAUCAAAAGGACCUUCUGAUGUCCAGGUAAAAGAGAGAGAUUCUGGAUCUCAUGAUACACGUAGGAGGAGCUUGCUAGCAGGAUGUUUUAUUAAUUCUGGGGCAGACUGAUUUUGAGUGGCUCAUUCUGGAAGAGUGAAUCAAAGGGGAAAGGUGAGUUGCUAUGCAGGCAGCUUAGUGACUGUAGAAGUGUGUGUGGAGCAUAGGUGGUUUCUGCCCUGGCAGGUGUCAUCCUGUUGUGAGUGACUUACGGUACCCAACUGUAUUUCUUCUUGUACUUAACACUUUUCAUAUGUGAUGUAACAGUUUCAACAAAGUGAAACAUUUAUAUGUGAAAGUACAUUCUUAAAUAUAGAGCUUUAAAAAAGCACAAGUAGAUAAUACUCUUGGUUAGGUUAUAGUAGCUUGUAGCAGAUCAGUGUACUAACUGAGAACAACUAGAAAAAUUUCACAAAAAGCAUCUAUUUGAAUGCAGCCUAUUGCUGCAGAAGCAGAGGACUAAUUCAGGAGAGGAAUGAAUCGUGGAGAGCACAUGGGCAAAAUGCAGCUGUUUCACCUGGGAGCACUUGCCAGUUCUGGCCACACAGAGGAACCUGAGUACUGAGCAUGGCUCAGGUAAAGGCUGAAACUCUUUGUAGGAGGAUGAAGACCAGAAGCCAGUGGUACUUUUGGCAGUCAAGGCUGGAGUGAAAAAUUCUUAAACAUUAGAGAUCAGACACAUAACCAGUUUUCCAAGAAAUUUUUAGAAGACAGACUCAGCACAGGGCAGGAGGAAAAGAUGCUGAAAGUAGAUUUUUUUUUUUCAGUACUGAGAAAAUAUGAUUAGAAUUUGGGAAUUGCCUGUAGGAUGGGCCCUUUCUGAGCAUAGCAUGCGAUUAGUAAAAGCAAGGUUAUACCAAAGGUAGAUUGUACCUUAUUGCAAGCUGCAAAUGAUACCUGGUAUUAA